CCACUGCUUCGGACGGAUGUGACGCACGCUGUUUUCCUGCUGACUGAUUUUUUUUCUAGUUGUGUAGGAGGAGGUAGAGUGGAAAAUGGCCGACGGUGUGGAUCAUAUUGAUAUUUAUGCGGAUGUGGAAGAGGAGUUUAAUCAGCAGGAAGCAGAGUACAAUGUUCACGAACAGAUAGACCUAUACGACGAUGUCAUCUCCCCGUCUGCCAACAACGGCGAUGCUCCGGAAGACCGGGACUACCUAGACAACCUACCCCCUACUGUGGGGGGUGAAGGGGGCAAGGGCCCCCCUCCUAAUGUGGUCUAUACUUACACUGGGAAGAGAAUUGCCCUAUACAUUGGAAACCUCACAUGGUGGACGACUGAUGAAGAUUUGACCGAUGCCAUUCGUUCAGUGGGGAUAAAUGAUUUGCUGGAGAUUAAGUUUUUUGAAAACCGAGCUAAUGGGCAGUCUAAAGGGUUUGCUCUAGUCUGUGUGGGAUCCGAGGCCUCCUCAAGGAAACUGAUGGACCUGCUGUCCAAACGAGAGCUUCACGGGCAGAAUCCCAUUGUCACGCCGUGCAACAAACAGACCCUCAGCCAGUUUGAGAUGCAGUCUCGGAAAAGUACGCAGUCAGGGCAGAUGUCCGGAGAGGGCAAGGCCGGCCCCCCAGGUGUAGGGCCCCGUGGUGGAUUUCCCCUGAGCAGAGGCCGGGGGCGCUUCCCCGGCAUGCCUGGCCCGGGUGGAGAUCGCUUCCCUGGGCCGGUGGGUCCCGGAGGGCCUCCCCCGCAUUUUCCAGGAGGCCUUCAAGGCCCACCACGACCUCCCCCAGGCCCACCAGGCCCCCCUGGUCCUCCCGGACCCCCUCCUCCAGGACAGGGUCUCCCACCACCCAUCUCUGGUCCCCCGAGUCGGGGUGAUCGUCCCCCUCCACCAGUGAUGUUCCCUGGCCAGUUUGGCCAACCCCCUAUGGGACCCAUUCCUCCUGGCCCCCCACCUCCGGUGCCAGGGUAUGGCCCUCCACCUGGUCCCCCUCCCCCACAGCAGGGACCUCCCCCACCUGGGCCUUUUCCUCCUCGCCCCAUUGCUCCGCCCUUAACCCUGGCUCCCCCACCGCACAUGCCUGGGCCCCCUCCUGGCGGCCCACCUCCAGCCCCCCAUGUCAAUCCUGCUUUCUUCCCUCCCCCGGGAAACAGCAGCAUGCCUUCUUCAGACAAUCGCGGCCCCCCUCCCAACGACCCCUAUGGGCGCCCACCUCCCUAUGACAGAGGAGACUACGGCCCUGCUGGCAGAGAGAUGGACGCCGCCCGGACCCCCCUCAGCGAGGCUGAGUUUGAGGAGAUCAUGAACCGAAACCGAGCCAUCUCCAGCAGCGCCAUCUCCAGGGCUGUCUCUGAUGCCAGUGCAGGCGACUAUGGCAGCGCUAUUGAGACGCUGGUCACAGCCAUCUCCCUCAUUAAGCAGUCCAAGGUGUCGGCUGAUGACCGCUGCAAAGUUCUCAUCAGCUCCCUGCAGGACUGCCUGCACGGCAUUGAGUCCAAGUCCUACGGCUCCGCCUCCAGAAGACGGGAGAGGUCCAGGGAGAGGGACCACAGCCGCUCCAGGGAGAAGAGCCGGCGGCACAAGUCGCGCAGCCGCGAUCGGCAUGAGGAUUAUUACCGCGAGCGCAGCCGGGAGCGCGAGAGGCACCGCGAGCGAGACAGGGACCGUGAGCGGGAUCGGGACCGUGAGAGGGAGUACCGCCACCGCUAGCACAGGUGUGUAUGCCGAUUUUCUGCCCCCUGCUUCCUUUGUCAUUGACCACCUCUGUCCCACAGGAAAGGGGGGGGGUGCUCCCUCGGAGCUGCUGCAGGACACUGUGCGGUGUUCCUGGGGUGGCAGCAGGUAGGUCAACACGGUGAGUAGCUUUCUGUUACCGUUACCUUUAUCUAUUCAUGAAUGACUUUUAUUUGUUGUAUUGUCUAAUAAUUUGACAUCAUCUGUCAACAGUUUACAUUGUUCUUCUAUUGUUUGUGUAUCACUCUGUCAUAAUGUAAUUCUUUUACUUUUUUUGACCUACAAAGAACAGUACUCCUUUAAAAGGUACACACAUUGUAUAUAAAAUGACAUGAAAAUGAGUUUAAAGCAUAAAAUUUGUAAUGAUUUCAUGCAUUUGUUGAAUUAUUUCCAGUUUUUAUUUUAUUUUUGUUUUGUAAAAUUGGGUGUUUUAAUAAACGGUGGAAACAGGUUGUUAGACAGGUUGCGACUUUGUCCCUGAGCACUGUUCUUCGUAUGGUAGCCUUGCAAUCCACACACCAUUUGAGGUGUAAGAUGUAAUCAGACCACAGUGUUUCCCUUCUAGCCAAAGUGUUUGUGUGCCUGUGUGUAUGUUGGCGGAAUGUUCCAAAUUUCGUUGUAACUUGGGGGUAUCAUAUUCAAAAGAUUGCAGAAAAUUAGCUCAUGAAAGCUUUGAGAGAAGCUAAAAAUCCAUUUUUCCAAGUUGUGUGCAAAGGGACUGAAGGAAUUCUAGCUUAUUUUUUUCCUUUGGCAAUUUUUGUUUUUCCAGUGUUAGUUGCCUACUUGUUAUACUAACUUGUAGUAUUCAAAUUGAUUCAAAUUGUGUGAAUGUUGGCAAUAGCUAAAAAAAUAAACUGAAUGUUUAACAGGGUGUUACCUCAGUGUGGACUGUAACUUCAGAUUAAUUGCCCCUUUGUCAGUUCACUGUUUCCCUGAAUGUUUUUCUGCUUUUAUCAGUCAUGGGAGUUUGAUGUCAUGGACCUAGUUAUGUUUUGUUUAGUUUAACUGUCUUAAUUUUUCAACCACAAUUAAAAUUUGUGAAGAAUCAUGUAAAGGGAGUGGAGAUUAAAUUUAAUCAACUUCUUGUCUUCUCUGCCAAGAUAUUUGUCUGUAGAAUAUGGCUGUUAAAUUUUCUGCUUUUUAAAAUUUUGGGGAAAAAAGGCUCAGCCUAGCAGUCAGCUUGAGUGUGGUUAUUCACUCUUGAUUGCCAUCAUGAUAAAGUUGUGUGCUUUUUAUGCACAGCAGGCCCGGUGAUUUUGAGGGAUUCCGGGGGUACUGUAUCAGGGCUGCUCAGUUACGACGGCCCUGGAGGACGAGGGGGGGGGGGGGGGGGUCAGCAAAGAUAAGUACCAGCAUCAGCAGUUUUACCUUGGAAGGGUAACUCCCUCCCUGAGACUGUAGUGGCGCGCCACGGGCUGGGAAACCGUAAUUGAGUAGCCCUAUACCUCUCGCAUGCGCACAUGCCCACGCAUAAUCUGUACAAUGUUCGUGUAAAGGUAUAGGCCAGCUUGUGUGGACUGUCUUAUCCCUUUAUCCUGCUGACUGUGCAAACGAAUGAGCUGUGAAUUACUACAUGCUGUGUACAGGCACCAGACAACCAGCCUGGAUGCCCCUGCAGCAUAUGGGGGAGAGACAAUGAUGGGUUUCUUGUUGCGGGUACAUUUCAGUACUGUUACCUGUUUGGUUGAUUCUGCCCAUUUAAUAGCUCUUUUGAAAUUGGCACAGUCUGACCUUUUACACUGUUUCAUCAUCUUGUACUUAAAGGUUAUCAUGUAACUUAAUUUCUUUCGGGGAACAAGAAAUUGGUUAAUGAAGUAUGUAGAGAGUUGUGGGCAUAAAUAUUUAUGAUCAGUUUUACUGAAUGUGUCCAGGGUGCAGGUAAUGCAGCAGUACUUUCCCUUUAUACGUUUUCAGUGUCACUGUCCUACAGAGAGAUUUGCACUGAUUUUCUGGAGUGUAUGUGGGUGGGGGAGUGACGUGUAUUUGGUAAAUUGUGUUCAUAGGUGACCUUGAGAGCCUAGUAAUGUUAAAUAUGUUGUAGGAUAUAUUAUUUGUGUGUGUGUGCCUGCAUUUUACAUAACCUGGUAAUAUAACCUGUUUUCACAUUUCCACCUUAAAGAAAUUUAUCUCCAGCUUUUUUUAGUGAGCACUGAAUAAAUUUUGAUAUAUAUAAAAAAAUACAUUUGGCUGCUGUUCUACUCAAUGUUCUGUUUUUUGUUUUAUUCUUUUUUUAAAAAAAAAAAAUAGUUUUUUUUUUUCUUUACAUGGCUUAAAAUGAAAGGAAAAUCACUGUGGUUUUUCAAGUUUAGGCCAGAAAGUCUGUGAUGCACAUAUCCUGUGAAGCAGUGCUGUAAACUCUUUCCAAGGGUUGUGUCCCACGUCUGGGUGCUCGAUACCUAGGACAGUAUAGUAGCCUGGGUAGCGAGGGCAUGAGGCACUGUCACUGCACUAAAACCCCAUGUGUAUAACUGGUUCAAUCUUCCGAAUUUCUUAUGAAAAGUAAUUUUUCUGUAUUCUGUCUGUUCUGUCUUCAGCUUGCCUUCUGGGGAUGGGGGGUGGUUGGAUGCCUUUUUCCACAUUUUAAUGUUAAUGCAGCUUAAAUUAUUGUCUGUUCAUUUUAGCCUUUCAGGUAAUGCUUGUGCACUGAAUAAAUCGCUGCAUUCCUCCACUUUGUCUUUAGGUGUUCAUAGGUGAUCUACUGGACUUCGAGAUUGUAGUACUGGCCUUUUAUAUAUUUAGCUUGUCAUUUCUAAAUGUGGUUCACAGCACACUGGCAUUCUUAAACCAGGUCAGCCCCCUUUAACAGGGAGAAUUAAAAAAAAAAAAAAAAAAAAAAACUUGUGCACAUUGAUCCAUAAUCUUGAAGCUGGAUGUUUUGGAUGAAGGGAAUUUAGCCUGCAGUGUGCUGGCUCUGUGGGUGGGGGUGGGGGUCCACGGCAUGUCAAGUCGCUGAGCCCAAAAGAAAUCAUUAAACAUUUCUUUCUUCGAUUCUUUCCAACUUUGCACUAGGUAAAUGAUGUCCUUGUCACCAGCUCAAAAAGGGCAGGGCUGUCAGGGUGCUGGGGAGGGGUCUGAUUCUGCUCACUUUCAUCAUCCCUGUUGUAUUUUCGUGUUUGGCUGUCCAGUUGUUCCAGAUUCAGCACAUUAACACUAAGUUCCUCUGUCCUACUGUUGUUCUUGAUGACACGGGCCCUUUUACCUGGUGUCUAAGUUGGAGUCGUGUCCAGGCAUUGUGUGUACUGCUGGUCGAACCUCCUGUUGGCUAAGUCCUGUGUUCUUUAAGACACACGACCGCAAUCCUUUUCUCACUAAUGUUGAAUAUGUAAGGAUUCAUAACUGUGCCGUCUCCCAGGCUGCAUGUAUAUGUCUAGAAUGGCCUCCUGAGGCUGUGACUGACAUCUUCAAGGUGUGUAUGUGUAUAUAUCCAUAUAUAUAAAUAUAUAGACACAGCCCCUUUCACCUGUUUUGUGCCCCUUGGCAGCCUCAGUCGGCUCCCAGCCAAUUCUGUUCUCCGCUAUGCUCUUCAGCUGAUUUAAAUACCCUGUUUUAAUAGUCUCAUUUUGAAAACUCUUGAUGCUUUAAGUCCAGAAAUGUUCACAUCCUGAAAUUUAUCAACAUAUUUCUCAUGAAUUGACUGAUUCAAAGGGAAAAGUUUUUUGACUGUUAAAUGUUUUCAAAUUUGAUUACCCCUGGAUAUAUUUUAAAAUGUGAAAUGAAGCUGUAGUAAUUUGCUGACCAGUCACUGUCAUUUGGGCUUUACUCGAGUUGUUCAGCUUGGCUGUGUUACCACCGUGUUUUCCCUCCAUGUUCAGUGCAGAUAUAUCCUGUAAAGUGAACGCAGCCAGAUCAGGGUAACCUCAGCGGGCCUGACUGAACUUGCCACUUAACUUGUGGCAGUGGUCCUGUAUGGUACCGGAGACUUGGUAGUGCCCCCCUGUGUCCUGUGAACAUUUUGCUCCUCUUCUACUUGUUGUCUUUAGUAAUUUCUGUUCAAAUGUGAUGUAUUUCACUGCAGCUGUGUCGCCUGUGAUUUUUAGCAUAAAUUUAUCUGGGCUUAAAGUAGCUAUACCCAACUCUUAGAGGUCACAUGUUCAUGACGUAUGGCUGCUUUUGUGCUGUUUGCCGUGCGGAGUAACUGGGCUGUUUCAGUCUGAAGGUCACAGGUAUCGUCCGAGGUUCAGCAGGUGUCUGCAUGUUCUGUGUCCGCUUCCCUUCUCCUCCUCUGUGUGUAGAUAGAAAUACGUAAAUUGCUGGGCUGCACAAACCAAACUCCACCCUUCGUUUUGACACAUUACAGCUGAAGGAAGAGGAUUGGGACAGCAGGUCACGCCUGGGCGCUUCAGGAAUAGACUGCUCUCGGCCGUUCUUCGUCUGCCUGCACGUGGAUGGACUGGCUCGCAGUCUGCAUGGCUGUGUGAGACAACUGUAGAGUAAAACUCUUACGAAUGGUAAACAAAAUGCGAUGUUUUUUAUGUUACUUUUUUUUAUUAUAAAACCUGUGUGAUUUAAAACGUACAGCUUUCCAUAAGUUGCCUAUUCUAUAAAAAAUAAACCUUCGACAGCUUCAAUGUGUAUAUUGUCAGUAGAAAUAUUUUAUAGAGCUCUCCCCCCCCCCCCCCCCCAUUCCCCUCGUAGUGUUUUUCUUUUGUUGAUGUCUGUAAAUGUCACAACAUUUGAUUAUUAAAUAUAGAUUUAGUGUUGUAAUAAAACAUUUACUGGGACUGGUACUUGUUAAUAUGCUGCAAUGUCUGUUCUUUGUAUCCAACACACCACCCAUCUCUGUAUGUAGCGUGUACGUUUGACCCAUUUGUGUUGGGCUAUGCAUUAGUGGCACCUGUAGCUAUAAUAAGUGGGGUGUCUGUGUUAAAAGCUGCUGUUUUGAUGUCAGUGAUGCCCACCUUUCCAGUUGUAUGGCCUCAAGGGUUUUUAAACUAAAUGAAGUGUUUUAAAAUCUGUAACGGAUUACCAUCUCUGGUACUGUACAAUUAGUGAUUAUAGGUUAGACCAAUGUGACUAGCUAUAGAUGCACUUGGUUUGUGGUCAUUCUCCCCCUUGGGCGUAUUGUAUAGCUACCUGUCUACACGAUCUCUCUCUAUUGCCCUGAUUUUAAUAGGAAUUAUCUGAGGGUACGUUUUGUUAGAUGUCACCGUUUUCCAUGUGUGCCGUGGUGUAAUCUUUGUUUCACCAUAUCUCUGGGUUGCCUUUAACACAGACCACAUUAGGAACCUCACUGAAGAUGUGAAACUGUUUUGUUUGGUCCCCCCCCCCCCCCCCCCCCCCCCCAUUUUUAAGCUGCUGGAUGUCUUGUCCUUUUGGCCUGGUGACUAUGACCUUGGCAAUGACUCUGUUUCACCUGUGGUGCCGUUGUAAACUUUAUAAGUUAUGUUAGUUACUCGAUUUCGCAUUUUCCAUUUUAAUGCCUCAUGGCAUAGACCUGUGAAGUACGAGGUUGUUUAACAGUAUGAACUGCGUACUUUUUUUUUAAUUGACUUUAUACCUUUUUUUUUUUCUUUUGAAUGCUUCUCAUGCUCUGUUAAUAGGCAGGGUUAAUGGUCUUUCGGAGCCUUUUACACAGACAGAUUUUAGUUUUACAUAAUGGUCCGUUGGUUGUUCCUCCCCCACCCAGUGAUUAUUGCAUUGGUCUUUGUACACAGGUGAAUAUUUCAUUUGUGCAUGUUGUAAACACCCCGUGCAUAUUUUCCAUUCUUAUUCAAAUCCUCCUAACAGGGUUAAUGUGUUUUUAAUGCUGAGGUUACUCCUUAGUAAUAAGCCCCCCCUUUCCCCAGCCUGCUGAACUUUAGCUGGUGGCAGAAAAGCUAAUAACUUGAUCAUUGUUUAAUUGGAAUUGUGAAUCACUGCAAUAUUAACAGUAUAUUGGUGUGACCCUAAGUAAUUUGGCAAAUAGACUUGGAACUAUGCUUGGAACUGCGCUAGGUUAGCCUACCAGUGUGAUUUGAAAGCACAACUCCCAGUCCCUUGAGGCCGUGGUAAUAGUGUUACCAAUGUAUUAUUAGUGUGCCACAGUAACGUGACAAGAACUACGGCAGUUUUUUCCCCAUACGUUGGUGUAAUUUUCAGAGAUUUUUUUUUUUAACUAUGGCCUUAACAGACAGGAGAUGUGCUAUCAAACAUACAUUUUUACAAAUUGUUCGUCUUAAUGCGUGGCUUGGUUGCACCACCAUGCAGAGUUAAGUAAUGUAGAUUUUCCAUAAUCAGGUACAGCAAAAACCCGUCUUGUAAAUAUUCACAAGUGUGAAAUUACUGCAUUUCUCAGUUUGUUCCUUGUAUAUAGUUAAUGUGCUUGUUUGUGGAAAUUUCUUAACUAGGACUUGACAUUGCUCAUUUUGUUAUACAAGGGGCUUUUUUUUUUUUUUAGAAAUGUAGUACUUGGCAUGUAUGCCCCAUUACGAACGGUUUUUGGCACUUUUUUAAAAUUGUGCUGUCCUUUUGACUUUCCUCAAUAAAACAUAUUUUGUUAGUUUUGA